GAGAGAGAGCAAGGGGCGGGGUCGCGCGCUACGGAAGCCGAGAGGGACGCAGAGCAGGGCGGUUGCAGGAGCAACAGUAGCAGCGAUGGCUGCGGACGGCGAGCGCUCCCCGCUACUACCAGCCGAGCCCGGGGAUGGGGGCGGCCUCGGCGCUGGAGGGCUGGUCGGGCCCGCAGGGCUGGUCUCGGCCUCCGCCUCGAACCCGCCGGGGAAGCCGAACCCGCCUCAGGGGUUUCCUUCCUUCAGUGGGGUCAACGAUGGGGGCCAGGCAGCUGUGCUUCCCGGAGAGGACCCCCCACCCUACUCGCCUAUGGCAUCUCCAGAGAGCGGCAGUGCUCCCAUGAUCACUUGCCGGGUUUGCCAGAGCCCCAUCAAUGUUGAGGGCAAGAUGCAUCAGCAUGUCGUGAAAUGCAGCGUCUGCAACGAGGCCACGCCUAUCAAAAAUGCCCCGCCUGGUAAGAAGUACGUGAGAUGCCCCUGCAACUGCCUCCUGAUCUGCAAAGUGACAUCGCAGCGCAUUGCCUGUCCUCGGAUAUACUGUAAAAGGAUCAUUAACCUGGGCCCAGUGCAUCCAGGACCCCUGAGUCCUGAGCCACAGCCGGUCGGUGUGCGCGUCAACUGCGGACAUUGCAAAAACAACUUCCUGUGGACAGAGUUCACGGACCGCACAUUAGCACGAUGUCCUCACUGCCGUAAAGUAUCCUCCAUCGGGCGACGCUAUCCCCGGAAGAGAUGCUUUUGCUGCUUCCUGCUAGGCGUGUUGAUGGCUGUGACAGCGACAGGACUUGCGUUUGGUACGUGGAAGCAAGCCAAGAUAUACGGCGGGAUCUACGCCUCUUGGGCCCUGGUCAUUCUACUGGCCUUGGUGUGCCUUGGUCGAGCCACAUACUGGGCCUGCAUGAGGGUCAGCCACCCUGUCCAGAACUUCUCCUGAGCCUUUUCCUCCGUUUCCAGCUCCCGCUGCUGCUCCCAGCACAUCAUCUACUGAGAGCCAGCCCUGUCCGUCCUCAUUUAUUCCCCCCCUUCCUUCCGCUUUGGGGCUGGGACCUUCCGGGGCCACCCUCCUGCUGUGCCAGCACCCUAUUUUUCAUCUCAGCAGCUGCUACAACCCUCACCCAGGAGUCUCUUUCCUGGUCGUUCACCCUGGAUCUGGUGGUGCCAAAAACAAACGAUCUGACCUGAAGAACAUUCUUAACCUGCGGAAACCGGGGGGGGGGGGCUACCCCAGCAACAGCAGAGUUCUCCGGGGGCAACAGAACACUAAAUGGGACCAACGUCAAGAGGGGCUUAUGCGUGAUUAGACAUUGUGGGUUCCAAGAAACUGGCACAAAUUCCUGAGUGCCUCCCAUGUGGGAGACAUCAGAGCUACGGCGACUGCACUGGGACAUAUGAGCAACAGGGGCCAGAGUGGUCGGGUGAUUAGAUUGAAGCGGUCCAAUCCCAGUUGUGAUGGGCUCAACCACUUGAGAUAAAAAAAAAACUACAGUGACUCGGCUGGGACAUUUUUGGCAGAGCGGUACGUUUUCAGAAUCCGUUGGCUUCUCUUUGAGCUGCUUUUGAAACACUUCCCAGGCUGGAAGGAGCUACAAGACAUCAGCGCUGCAUCCUUUCUCUUUGCUCCGUGACUUUGGGGCAGCUGCGAAGGACAGCUCAGGCUGCGAGAGAGUUGAGGCACCUUGCACGUUCCUUAAACGGUGAGCCUGCGACGAGAGGCGUGGAAGGCGACCAGAUCCUCGGCUGCUGGCUUCCCGUGGCACUUGGGAGAACUCGGUUACUUAAUGGCCAGUACCCUGCACCUUGGCGUGGGUGCUCCAGACCCCUUCCAGGCCCUUCUUCUCCCCAGACUCUCCUGUCCCUUAAUACCACCUGGCGUUUGGCUAAAUGUCCCCUACCCAGUCAACAGCCCUCUAUUCUGUGACCAGCGGCAAUCCCGAGAUCUGGAAGGCUCAUGCUGACAGAAUCUCUGUUACCACAUUUUGACACUUUAAAAAAAAAAGUCUCUUGAUCCUACUUCAUUUCUCUCUCCCUCUCUGCCCUUUUUUGUUUGCACAUUCCAUGGUGGAGGAAUUUCCCCCUCUUGCCCCUCCAAGAACCAAAUCCCUACUUGGGAGGGUGGGGCUGAGGGACCCUCCCCCAUCUUACGCAUCAUGUCACUGAUUUGUGCCUGGUUUAACAACCCCCCCCCCCAUCCCAUCCUAAUCAUGCACUGAGACUUGUCAAGUUUCAGCCUUGGAUCCAGGGGAGUGGAUUCCCUUUCCCGUAUUUACUGCUGGGUGGGACAGCUAAGUCCUUUCCCCUCUUCUAUCUGCAAUUCCGUCUGCGAUCUUUCCUCCUGGCUUGAAAUUCCAACCUCAUCUCUUUUGUGUUCUGAUCCUGGACAUAACUUUUCCGCCCCUGCCCCUUCGACUCGCUUCCAAGAGCAUGCUUUUGUGUUACCCCAUUUUGGGUGGUGGUAUUCCUUCCCUUAAAUCGGGGAACCUUUGGGCCUCUAGAUGUUGCUAGACUUGCAUCUCCCGUCAUUCCUUGCUGCUGGACCCUGUUGAAAGAGCAGCAGCUGGAGGCCCCAAGGUACCCCACUCCCUGGCCUAGGUCAUUUGAGGCCUGCGAGAGACGUUCAUGGGAGGGAGGCCUGUCUUGGCAGCGCAACCAGAGGGGAAAGGGUGUCAGUCCUGCUUCCAUGCAUGUCUUGGCUUUUGUCAAUGGGGUGUUUUUAAGUCCCUUCCUCAGAUUCCCCCCUUCCUCGUGCCCCCAUGGCUUUGAGCUUGUGGCCCCAAAACUUGUUGCCGUUGCAGCUUUGUAUAUAUAAGAAUAACUGAUGUGUACAUAGAGCUAUUUAAGAUUCGCUCUCCUUCCCGGCGGCUCCCUCGCUCCCUCCCACCUGUGUGCCUGCACCCUGUCUCUCCUUCAGUCAUGCUGAAACUCGCCUCUCGCUCUCCUUUGCCUCCACACAGCCAAAGGAGGAAUGCAGAUUGGAUGGUUGUAAAUAAAGUAAAAGAUUCCAUA